UUUUAACUUUUUUAACUCUAACUUUGACCGAUAAUUUUUUGCUUUUAAGCUGCAAAAUGUUUAUUAAAUUGUUAUUUUCAUCGUAGAGCAAUUUUAACCAUCUAUUUUUUAAGCUAUUUAUUCUGAGACCGCGUCUUUUUCUUUUCUUCGUCAACUCCUUGUCAGUCAGGUAGAUUAUUAAAAAAGUACCUGAAAAAAACGAAACUAAAUUACUAAACAUAACUAAAUUAUUAAACAACUCUUCUAAACUAAGCUAAAACUUUAAACUAGAGUAUAAAAUAUAGUAUUAUAGUCUAAAUAAAGAUUGCAAUCAAAAAAUAAAAUGCAAAUGAGUAAGUAAUCGUAAUGAAAUAAAUAAUUAAAUAAUAAAUAGUAAAUACAAUACUGGUAAUAAAAAUAAAGAUGAAUGAUGAAGAAAAACAACUGAUUGUUUGCUCAACAAGUUUAGCUGAACAUUAUAUAAGGGAAGAAGAAUAUGAAAAAUGCUUUGAGUGCUACAGAGCAUUGCUGGAAGCAUGUGGCACUUUAAACACUUUUUUACAUCCAUACCUACUUGAUGUUCUUAAAAAGUGGGUGAAUCACUUUUGUGUGACUUGUGCAGAAGAUGGCAUUGAAGAUGUUGAAAAGGUUGAAGAAAUAAAAAGUAUUGUGAAUGCUCACAUAACUGCAGCCAAAUUAUCUGAUGAACCUCAUUGGAUCAUCUGUAGCUGUGCCAAUCUGUUUUUUCGGUUACGUCAAAAUCUAACAGCACUUGAAUAUUUCAGAGAGGCUGUUAAAGUGUGCCCUAGUUCCCUAUUUGCCAGGGAGAGUUUGGAGAAUUUAAACUGCAAACUAGUGAAUAGAUGGCACUUUGUGAUGUUGAAUGAUUCUAACAGGAACAAACAAUAUCAAAAGGCCAUUCAAAAUGCAAUAUCAUCCCUCUGUAAUUCUUUAACGAUGCCUUCCUCUUUAUUUUCAAAAAGUGCUCCAGCAAUUAUUAUGGAUGUCGGCGGCGGCACAGCUAGAGCAUUGUGCACUCUUGGAAUGGGCGACCUUAUGAAGAUCAAAUGUUAUGAGGAGGAUGAAUGCAUGUUCCAGGUUGCAAUGAAGGUUGUUCAACAUAACAAUGUUCAAAAUGUUGUGGAUCUGAUUUGUGAAUCAACUGACAACAUCAAGCCCUCGAGCACUUCUGAAUCUAUCAAGUACCCAUUUGUCUCAUUCGUUGUUCAACUGCUGAUAAUAACGGAGACGUUCGAUGGAGGAUUGUUAGGGGAAGGUGCCAUCACAUCACUCCAUCACCUUCUUCACCUUCCUCAGUGCUCUCCUAAUGUGAAGGUCAUUCCGCAGUCAGCCACCCUGUACAUGUGCCUUGUGGAAUGUCUGGAUGUCAGAAACUUUGCGAGGUACUCAUCCACCGUGACAAACUUUGGUUGCCGCAUAUUCUGCAACAUUGGACACCACCUCCACCAUCACCCACCUCAUCGUCGUCCUCGUCACUACCAGCCAUACACAACAGAGUACAUACAUUCAUUCAAUCAUUCGUGUAAGAACUUGUCUGCAGUGGUCCCAUUUCAAUGCAUCAACUUCAAUAUUUUGCAGGAGCUAGAGAGUUACAUGAUGGGAAUUACUGACCAGCUGAAAGUUUCCAUCACAAGUCCUGGCAAACUUGAUGCCAUUGUAACCUGGUUUGAUCUCCAUCUUGACGACGACCACCACCUCUCAUCAUCUCCCUUGCCUUCCCAUCUGGGGUCUGACGAAUCGAGUGCCUCAUGCUGGCAGCAAGCACUUCAUCCCAUCUGUCUGUUGGCUGACGAGUCGUCUUACAUAGUCCAUGCUUCUGAUCACGUGCUUAUUCAGUUUAAAAUAAACAACGAAAUGUUACAAGUUGACUGUUUGGAAAUAAGCAGGAAGCACAAAAACAUUGAGCAUAAUGAUGCAAGUGAUCGAACAAGAAUCAACGAUGAUUUCGCAUCAAAUGAUUGUAGAAAUUCUUUAACGAAGACAGCAUUAACCUCAUCAGUAAUUCAUCAUUUUUCAUCAUCAGCGUCAGCAAAAAUUACUUCUAGUACUGCUACUACUACAACUACCACUUUUACAACGACAACUACUUCUACUACAACUACUGCUACUGCUGUUCAUUCUCACCGACGAAAUACAACUCAUCCCCAUCUGCCAACGACUUCUCAACAUUCCACAUCAACAGUUUUCUCACCAUCAUCAUUUCAGCAUGCAGCCGUCACAGAUGAUUCACCUGAAGAUAUUCUUUCGACCUCAUUCACACCGAUAAUUUAUUUAUCUCCAAAUGAUGUAUCACUUCUGAAUGAUGAUGAAUACAACAUCAAAUGCAUUAAAUACUUGGGGAAAAUAAUCCAGCACUAUCUUUUAGAGAAUGUUCCAGCUGACAAAAAUAAUGAUCACCAAAACAACGAUGCAAGUAAACAUAACAACAGCAACAUUUGUAAUAGCAGUAACGAUGCAAAUAACCAUCAAACCAAUAAUGCUUGCAGUAACGACAUCGGCUGUUGUAUCAACGACACUCCCAACAACUACAAGGUUGACAACAGCAGGAAUGGGAUGUUCUUAGGAGUGGUCAUCGUGUCAUCAUCACACCUGGACGCGUCAUCUCUCCACAUCAUUCAUGCCUUUUGUGACAAGGUCCACUUCAGAAUCAUUUAUACCGGUGAGGAUGUGGAUGGCGAUGACCAAGAGGUGGAUGACUGGCCCUCGGACGUCAGUGAACUUUUGAACUUGAUCAGAAAAAUAUAUGAGAGCAAGAAAGUAGACUAUGGCAAGAUGUUUUCAUUUGUGAAGUUGUUCGCAGAUGGUAAGACGGAGAAUAUAAUGACCUUAACAGGUGAUAAUAAUAAUAAUAUUCUAGAGGAAAGAUUAACUGACGACAUCGAUGUCAACUGGGUGAUUGGAUUUGCAAAUCUCGUUGGUGCCAAUGGGCAGAUUAAAUCCCACAUUCUAAACAGCGUCAACAUUUGCAAGAAGUCGUGUCUGUCGCUCAAUUGCACCUUCCUUCCAUAUGAGGUUAGCUGCAUGGGUCAGUUGAUCAGCUCGCCACAUCUCGUACGCAGAUGCUCCAUGCACAAGACGAACAAUCCUGCUCCCUAUCAGAUUUCCCAGUUCAUCAAUGAGUUCAAGGUGUCUUACCACACGGACGUCAACAUGAAUGCGUUGCAGUGUGUCAAGUUAACAGAACCUUUCCAGAUGUUCAUGUUCAAACUCAAUGAGGCUUUUGGAGAAGUUUGUGGAAAGGUCAAGGAAGAUGCUGAGGAUGUUGUUGAUGGUGAUGAUGAUGCUGGCAACAAAGAUAGUGACGAAGAAGACGAUGAUGAAGAUAAUGAUAAUGAAGGUACUUUUUUUUGCAAUCUCCAUGAAAGAAUAUCAAACCCGGGCAUUAUACAUGCGCUUGUUUAUUGGUUCGUCAUAAAAUUAGGAAGGGGUGGUGAUGAUGAUAAUUAUGGUGGUAAUGAUGAUGACGAUGUCAUCUCUACUGCCAGUCCCCGUUGUCAUUGGAAACAGUCGGCUGUCAUCAUUGACACUCCGCUUCAUGUCAUCCUCAACGAUACAGUCAAUGUCAAAGUCAGAUCUUCCAAGUCCGCUGAAUAUUUUUGCGUCCAAUUGAACAAAGACUAAAAUCUCUUUAUUGUAUCUAUAAUGCUAUUCUCUAAGAAUUUUCAUUUAAUUAUGUUUGGACGUUUAUCUUGUUUAAAUGUUGCGCUAAUAAUUUUUUUAUAACGUUGUCAUGGAAAUAAAUUUGUUUAAAAGUAA